AGAAGAAGAAGAAGUCAGUGUGGAAACGCCGAGACUAAACUAAUUGACCGAAUUCAUGGAGAUUAACGCGACGCUUGAACUAACAUUACUACAUUAUUCCUGAGAGUUUAAAGUCCCUAUGUCCGUUGAAGACGUCUUUUAAUCGGGGCUCCAGCAAAAUGAGACUUCGCUCGAGAAAUAUUUUAAAUGAAAACCCGACGACACCGUCCCGCCGCCGCCGUCGAGCCGCUCCGGAGACACCGGGACCGCAGACCCCGCAGGUCCAGACCCAGGAUGAAGUAAAAGUUCUUCAAGACUGCUUGAAUCUGGAUGCUGAUGAGGUCCCAACAGUAGCCAAACGUCCACGAAGGAGGAGGAAACCUUUAUCAACUGUUGACAAUAAAGAGUCAGAUUUCAAGACCCCAGUCCGUCACCUUCGGGAAAGACAUUCCUCAUUGAAUCCUGCUGCUCGAAGCCUUUACUCUCCUACAGUGCACUUUCUCACACCCCCAAGAGACAGUCAGUAUGCUGAUGAAACCCUCGUGUUCAGUUCACUCAAUGUGAUUCAUGAUGCAGAAUACACCUUCAAUACCCACUUUCAAGAUCACAAGUACAAGGUCUAUGUGAUCCUCAGACCAUAUGUCAAAGAGUUUCUACAAGCCAUGACCAAACAUUUUGAGAUGUUUGUUUACACCUCUGCAAAAAAGGAAUAUGCAGAAAAGAUUGUAGAUAUAUUGGACCCUAAUAAAAAGCUCUUUAGGCAUCGUUUGUAUCAGGACGAUUGCGCCUGUGUGCUUGGACACUACAUUAAAGACUUGACUGUUCUGGAGAGAGACCUGUCAAAGACGGUCAUCCUGGACAACGCCCCUCACACCUUCCCAUAUCACCUGAUGAAUAUGAUUCCCAUAAAGAGCUGGGUCGGAGAUCAAGAGGACCGUGAGCUGCAAAAGCUCAUUCCGUACAUGGAGAAACUAGUGCAUGCAGAUGACAUCAGAAAUGUUUUAAAGAAGAGAACCGAUCACUUCCACAGGCUGCUUUCUGAAGACUAAACCCUGAAUUAAGUGUAAAUAAAUGUAGAGCUAUCCUUGUAAAUGCAGUGAAAUUCCCAGGCUUCAUACUACAUACAAGGCUAAAGAUAUAGUAUGAUUUUAUACUCUUGUAUAAUAAAAGUUUAUUUGAUAGAGAAUAGUCUUAACAGCUCACCUUUAAUCAUCCUGGUCAGCUGGUGUUCUGACCCGUUUUGAAGAAUAGGACUAGAAUCUUGCCUUUAAUUUAUUGAUAAACCUUGUGAUGUUUGUACAGGUUUGUGCCAUUGGAAGAGUGUUUUCACAUUUCAGACUGUUGAAUUCAUUUCAAUAUGUGUUGUACUCUAUAUUCAAACAAUACUUUGGCCAAAUUUCAAU